GCGGCGCUCGGGCGUGGCCAUGCACGGACGCGGCGGAGGGGACGGCCAAAUUUAGCCUCCUGGCGGAGCGGCGACGGCGACGGAGGCCACCGCCGCCCCCGACCUAUAUCUACACCGGGGGCCCCUCCCCGGCUGCGAAAUUAGACAGUCGUCGCUGCUGCUCCUCCGAUCUUCCCUCUUCUCCUUCCUUUCCUUCCUCCCAGCCGCGCGCGCGGAGGGAAGGGGAAGAAGAGAUUAGAAGGGCGCGGGACGGAGAAGAACACAGCCACAUUAUUGACUCGUCCGUAUCUAAACUAGGAAAAAAAAAACACAAAAGGAGGGUCGGCUGGGCGGCGGCGCGCGGCGGGCGGGCGGCCGCCGGGGAGGGGCUUGCAGUUGCAGCGCGCGCCCUUGGAUCUCCCUGCCUUCUAUCAUCUCUGCUAGAUCGGUUCUCCACACCACGCCCCGCGCCACAUUUGAAGUCUUGCAUUCCACGCCACCGAGCCUCGAUCCAUGCCUGAGCCUGCCCCCGCCGCCGCCGCCGUGCCGCCGCCGCCGACGUCGUCGCUGAGCUGCUGCGACGGCUGCUACUGACUUAUCGCUCUGGAUGUAGCUAGGUACCUCUCCACUGACAUGCUGUUCUAACUUCUAACAAGCCAAACACACAAGCCAAGGUAUGGGUGUCAGUCGGCUUACAAUCUUGUUGCUGUUUGUGAAUUGUGCGAUCUCAUUGAGUGGCAUGGAAACUGCGAGGCAGCUAGCCGCCCUGCCACCGGCUACCGCCCGGCGCCACCGGCCGGCACUGGCGCCGGAGGCAACCGCCGCUCGUUAGCCAGGAUGGCGAUCGCGGUCGGCCACUUCCACGACGUCGACCCACCCGACGUGCGGGGCCGGCACUGCCGCCUCCACUCCGUCGCGCAGCUGGACAGCCCGCGGCUCGACAGGGACCACCGGGAGCACGGCGGCGCUGGCCACACCGGCCUGUCCCCGCGGCGCCGGAGCCAGUCGUCCCCGUGCUUCACGACCGUCGCGCCCGCCGGCGCGGAGCACGCGGCGGACCGCUCCGAGGGCAAGGUGCAGCGCGUGGAGAUCGUGGCGGGCCGCCACGCCCGCGGCGUGCGCGAGCUCAUCGCGGAGGCCGCGGCCGCCAUCGCGUCCGGGACGCGGCUCGUCCCCGCGCAGGGCGGCCUCGGCGGGGCGCUGCUGCUCACCGGCAGCCGCGGCGGCGAGCACGUCGCCGUCAUCAAGCAGCUCGACGACGCCGCGGGACCGCCGGGGAGCGGCGGGUACGAGAGCCAGGCCGUGCUGCGGGAGGUCGCCGCCUUCCUCCUCGACCACGGCGGCUUCGCCAGCGUGGAGCCGACCGCGCUGAUCAGGAUCUCGCGCCCCGCGAUGCCGGCGGCCAUGGCGUCGAUCCAGCGCUUCGUGGCGCACGAGUACGACGCCGGCGAGUUGGGCCCGUCGCAGUUCUCGGUGGCGUCCGUGCACCGCGUCGGCAUCCUCGACGUCCGCCUCCUCAACAUCGACCGCCACGCGGGCAACAUCCUCGUCAAGAACCCGCCGAGCAGCCGCGGCGCGUCGUCCACGCCUCCGCCGCCGCUCGACCUCGUGCCGAUCGACCACGGCCUCUGCCUGCCGGAGCAGCUGGACGACCCCUACUUCGAGUGGCUGCACUGGCCGCAGGCCUCGCUGCCCUUCUCCGACGACGAGCUGGCGUACGUCGCGUCGCUGGACCCGUUCGAGGACGCCGAGACGCUCCGCGCCGAGCUGCCGUCCCUCAGGGAGCCCGCCAUCCGGAUCCUCACCCUCUGCACCAUCUUCCUCAAGCGCGCGGCCGCGGCGGGGCUCUGCCUCGCCGACAUCGGCGACAUGAUGACCCGCGAGUUCGUGGCGCAGGAGGAGGGGCUGAGCACCCUCGAGGCGCUGUGCAGGCAGGCCCACGACUCCGUCGUCCUCCCGUGCCCUCCACCCGACGGCGACGGCGUCGACGAGGGCGCGGCCUCCUCCGGCGGGCGGAAGCACGUGUCGUUCGGCGACCUGAGCUCCGCGGAGUGGGCGGCGUUCCUGGAGACGUUCGAGCAGCUGCUGGCGGCAGCGUUCGAGGCCAAGAAGUGCGCUGCACCACUGCCGGCACCGGGGACGACGACGACGACCUCACCCUGAUCGAUCGAAGGCAGCUGACCGCACCGUACUACUAGUCUACUAGCACCGUACCACCAUUUCCAGCACCGAGCUUGUACGCGCACGCACUAGCUACCGUGUCUCUGGAAGCCUUUGUGUCUGCGUAGGGUACGACGAGGAGGCCGAGUAUGAGGAGACGAUCCAGAGCUUGUACGGUGGCAUGCUGUUGGGUGCAGCCCUGGAACACCCCACCCACCCUUCACAAAGACGCUGACGUGUCGAGCAAUGCAACAACGACUCUUC